AUGGCCAUCGACGUCGUCUCCAGCCCCGUGCACUUCAGCGUCAAGAACGCUGCGGGCCCCUCGGCGACGGACCGCUUCGAAGAAUUGGUCCUGGCCUUGAAGGAGGCUCUCGGCCCCUCGUCGGGCUUGACCUCGGAUGACGUAGACGUGGGAUACUUGACGCACCUCAUGGCCAAGUAUGACAGCAGUGCCGCCGAGUGGUCCAAGUAUGCUUUUGGCGACGCCAGCCGAGGCUACACCAGGAACCUCGUUGACGAGGGCAACGGCAAGAGCAACCUGCUCGUGCUUGUAUGGUCGCCGGGCAAGGGCAGCCCCAUCCACGACCAUGGCAACGCCCACUGUCUGAUGAAGAUCCUGCGCGGCAACAUCACCGAGACGCGUUACGCCUUUCCCGAGGAUGACGCACCCGAGGGACCCAUGACGGUCAUCUCGGAAAAGACAUACAAGGAAAACGCCGUGGCUUACAUGGCCGACGAGCUUGGUCUGCACCGCGUGUCCAACAAAGGCAGCGACUUCGCCGUCUCGUUGCACCUGUACACGCCCCCCAACGUGGCCAAGGGAGGGUGCCACAUCUUUGACGAGACGACGGGCAAGAGCAGCCACGUGCCGGGAUGCCUGUACUACUCAGCGUACGGCAGGCUGCUGAAGCAGUAG